AUGAGGAUUUUAGGAAAAAUUCUCAUAGCCGUUUUCCUCCUCGUCUUCAUAUCCACUGCACCAACUACGGCGGAGAUCAAAUCUCUGAAGAUCCGAUCCGACAACCGACCUAUGAUCCUCUUUGAGAAGUUCGGAUUCACACACACAGGUUACGUCUCCGUCGCGAUCUCCUCCGUUUCGGUCACCUCCACCUUGGCACAACCUGAUCCCUCACGUCUCGGUUUCUUCCUUCUAUCGGAAGAAUCGCUAAUCCAAGUCCUCCUCGAACUUCAACAGAACCCUAAUUUCUGUGUUGUGGAUUCCAAAUUCAUUUCACUCCUCUUUACUUUCCGAGAUCUCUCACCUCCUCCUCAGUCUUCAUUCAACAAAUCCUACCCUGUUACAUAUCCCAAUGAGUACUCACUGUUCUUCGCCAAUUGCAACCCCCAAUCCAUCGUCACUAUGGACGUCCGCACUGAGCUCUACAACACCGAUGAUGGCACCACCAAAGACUAUUUAUCAGCCGGUCUAACACAGCUCCCGUCUCUUUACUUCAUUUUCUCCUUGAUUUAUCUAUGUUUUCUAGGGUUUUGGAUCUCCAUAUGCUUCAAAAACCAGCGAUCUUUUCACAGGAUUCAUUUGCUGAUGGGUGGGUUGCUUGUUAUGAAAGCACUUAACUUGAUCUGCGCUGCAGAAGAUAAACAUUAUGUCAAGGUCACAGGUACUCCUCACGGAUGGGAUGUAUUGUUCUAUAUAUUCCAGUUCAUCAGGGUUGUGCUUUUGUUCACUGUGAUCGUGUUGAUUGGAACCGGAUGGUCUUUCUUGAAACCAUUCUUGCAAGAAAAGGAAAAGAAGGUUCUGAUGAUUGUGAUCCCACUUCAGGUUUUGGCUAAUGUAGCUUCUAUAGUGAUAGGAGAAACCGGACCUUUCAUUAAAGAUUGGGUUACAUGGAACCAAGUGUUCUUACUAGUAGACAUCAUAUGUUGCUGUGCUAUCAUCUUCCCCAUUGUUUGGUCGAUUAGAUCUUUGAGGGAAACAUCUAAAACCGAUGGAAAAGCUGCUAGGAAUUUGGCAAAGUUGACUUUAUUUAGACAAUUCUACAUAGUGGUUAUUGGAUACUUGUACUUCACAAGGAUUGUUGUUUUUGCACUGAAGACCAUUGCAGCUUAUAAGUACCAAUGGGUAUCAAAUGCAGCUGAGGAAAUAGCCAGUCUUGUGUUCUAUAUGGUGAUGUUUUACAUGUUCAGGCCAGUUGAGAAAAACGAGUACUUUGUUCUUGAUGAUGAGGAUGAAGAAGCAGCUGAGAUGGCUCUGCGAGAUGAGGAGUUUGAGCUUUGA